AUGAGAUCCACGCGCUCCAGAAGCGGAAGAGUUCCCUCAACUGGGGCUGGGCAGACAUCCGGAGCCCAGCAAGAUCGUAUCUCUGAGGAACAUGGGUCCCAAAGGACCCAGCCUAACAAUGAAGAGGCCAUCGCCAAGAUGGCCGAGUUUGUCACGGACAACCCCAACAUCUUUGAGGAAUUAGGAAGGUACCUCAAGAGGCAGGGAAAAGAAAAAGCCGAGUCUUCCAAGAGGAGACCGACGAAGUCCCCUGAAGUGCCCUCAGGCGAGGACUCCGAAGAUGGGCGUCUAUCUCGGAGCACCUCCAGGCGAGCCUCAUCCAAGGCAACCUCCAAGAUUGCCUCCAUCUCCCGAGCGUUUUCUCGGGGACUACUGGGAAAACGAGCCGAGGACCCACCUCGGCGUCCCGGAGGCCUGGCUUCUGACUACAUGAGGGCUCCGCCCUUCACGGAUGACAUCAAUGGGGAGAUGGUGCCCCCGAACUUUAAGCUACCAAAUUUGCACACCUAUGACGGCCGAGGUGACCCCGAGGAUCACCUCCGCGCCUUCAUCUCCGCAUUCCGACUUUACUGCGUCCCUGACGCCGUGAUCUGUCGGGCUUUCCCCAUCUUCCUGCACGGGACCGCCCGGAAAUGGUUCUGGAGUUUAGAACCAGGGAGCAUUUCCUCCCUAGAUGAGCUGAUAGACCGGUUCAUCCACCGCUUUGUGUCGUCUCGACCAAUAACAAAGACUUCAGCUUACCUCUUGAACCUGCAACAGGGUCAGGGCGAGUCACUUCGCUCGUACGCCCAAAGGUUCAACGAGGAGAAUGUACAGAUACCUGACCAGAACGAGCAAGUAACUAUUGCUGCCUUCACCAACGGGUUAGUGGCCGGGAUCUUCAACACCGAAAUCCAUCGGCAGUACCCCCGUACACUUCGGGAGCUCUGGGAAAGAGUGGACCAGGGAAUCCGAAGUGAAGAUGUAAAUCGCAUGAAACGAGAAGCCCAAGCAUCUCGUACUGGGCAAGAUCCGCGGAGGAGGAAAGACACUGGCCGAGGUGAACCAGGCCCAAGUGGCACUUCAAACCAACCCCGAGACCGCCGAAGUGUCUUCGACCGGAUCGUGAAAGGCAGAUCGUCCACCUCGGACGCCGAGCUGACGCCCCUCAAUUCGAGCCGGACCCACGUCCUGGCUGUGAUGAGGCAGAAUCACCUCGGCCGCAACCCUCCCGAAAUUCCGGGGAGGAGAGAUAAGAGGAACUCGAACCUCUACUGUGCCUACCACCGUGAUGUAGGACACGAGACUGAGGACUGCAAUGACCUGAAGCGGGAAAUCGAAAAUUUGAUCCGGCAAGGAUACCUGAAGCAAUUCGUCCGCAAGGAUGGAGGCUUCAACCGAAGCGUCUCCCACCGGGAGAACCGGGGCCCCCGCCGAGACGACCGACGGGACACGAACAUGCAUUGCCGAGGUCCCGAAGACCGUAGGGAGGACAAGCAGCCCCCACGCGAUGGCUCACCGGGCUACGGCCCCAACAUCGCCGGGGUGAUCAACACCAUCGCGGGAGGACCAACGGGAGGAGACAGCCAGAACUCCCGGAAGCGGACCUACCGCCAGGCCGAGAUGGAGGUGGCCGAGCCGAGCUCUCGGCUGUCCGAGGUCAUCACCUACGGCCCCGCUGACCCCGUUCCUGCGGCCUCCAGCAAUCAUGAAGCUCUUGUGAUUGAAGUCCUCACCAACAACUACGUAGUCAAAAAGGUCUACGUAGACCCCGGAAGCUCGGUAGACGUCUUGUACUACCGGACUUUCGAAAAUUUGAAGCUGACAAGGGAGCAACUCACUCCUGUCAGAACUCCCCUCGUGGGAUUCGGGGGACACGUCGUCCACCCGGAAGGCAUGUUGACCCUGGUGGUAACAAUCGGGCGUCAUCCACGCUGCCGAACUGUGCCUGUCAGUUUUGCAGUGGUCAAAGCAGACUCCCCCUACAAUAUGCUGAUAGGCCGGCCCACGCUCAAUGCCUUGAGAGCCGUAUACUCCACCUACCACCUGAGCUUUAAAUUCCCAACAUCUGCGGGGGUGGCCGAGGUAAGCAGCGAUGUGGGCGCCGCCCGAGAGUGCUACCUCGCCACCAUUCAAGCAGCAGUCACCCCCCGGCCCUCACCGAGGUCAGAAGAAAAGAGGCCAGCGGUCCUCUCCAUAGACUGCAUCGACCCUCAGAAGGCAGAAGAGCCCAACAGGCUGGAGCCAGGGGAUGAAGUGGAACUGGUGGUAGUGGAUGAAGCGAAACCUGACCAAGUGGUCCAGGUAGGGGCGGGACUCCCCCCACCCCUGAAAGAAGAAAUGAUUUCUCUGAUCAAAGACCACCGAGACGUCUUCGCGUGGUCCGCGGAUGAAGUGGUCGGAGUGCCACCCGAGCUCAUGACUCACCAACUCAACGUUGACCCGCAGGCCCGACCUGUGCGACAGAAACGAAGGCACUUCGGCCCCGAACGUAGCCAAGCCAUAUCGGAUGAGGUCGACAAGCUCUUGCCGGCCAAGAUGAUCCACGAGGUCCAAUAUCCCACCUGGCUGUCCAAUCCAGUCAUGGUAAAAAAGGACACCGGGGGAUGGAGAAUGUGUGUUGACUUCACCGACCUCAACAAGGCCUGCCCCAAAGAUUGCUAUCCUUUGCCAAGGAUAGACGCCCUCGUCGACGCGGCGAUGGGGUAUGAAAUCCUCUGCUUCCUAGAUGCCUUCAAAGGGUAUCAUCAAAUAGGAAUGAGUGAGGAGGACCAAGAGAAAACGGCGUUCUACACCGACCGAGGUACUUAUUGUUACACUACCAUGCCCUUCGGGCUAAAGAACGCCGGGGCGACCUACCAAAGGCUGAUCAACCGACUCUUCCAGAAUCAGAUCGGUCGCAAUGUGGAGGCCUAUGUGGAUGACAUCCUCGUUAAAAGCCUCACCACUUCAUCCUUUCUGUCAGACGUGAGGGAAGUCUUUGGUGUCCUGCGAGACUCGAGGAUGAAGCUGAAUCCCAAGAAGUGCGUCUUCGGCGUCACCUCGGGAAAAUUCUUGGGGUAUCUGGUUUCCCACCGGGGAAUCGAGGCCAACCCCGACAAGGUGAAAGCCAUUCAUGACAUGUCUCCACCCCGGAACAUCCGAGAAGUCCAACGGCUGAAUGGACGCCUGGCCGCGCUGAAUCGCUUCCUGUCCCAAUCAGCUGAGAAAGCUCUGCCUUUCUUUAAGGUGCUGAAAAAUGCUGACCAGUUCGCCUGGACUGAGGAGUGUCAGGCUGCUUUCGACCAGCUGAAGCAGUACUUGCAUCACCUACCAACUCUCGCUUCACCUCGGCCCGAGGAGAAGCUCUACCUCUACCUCUCCGCAGCCGACGAGGCUGUCAGCGCUGUGCUCAUCCGAGAUGAGGGCACCCAAGUGCCGGUCUACUACGUCAGCCGAGCCCUCCGCGGGCCGGAGACCCGAUACACGCAAGUGGAAAAACUUGUGCUGGGGCUCGUCCACGCAGCUCGGCGGUUGAAACCCUACUUCUUAGCCCAUCCCAUCUCGGUCAGGACCGACCAGCCCAUUCGGCAAAUAUUGGUGCGACCCGAAGCUUCUGGUCGCCUCACCAAGUGGGCUGUCGAAUUGGGAGAAUAUGACUUGUCCUACGAGCCACGCACCGCCAUAAAAGCUCAAGCUUUAGCUGACUUCCUUGCUGAGCUCACCUUCACGGAAGGUCCGGAGUCCACUUCAGCCUUACCCGAGGUGUCCACCUCAUCCCUGUGGACAUUGUAUGUCGAUGGAUCCUCUAAUGGAGACGGCUGCGGAGCCGGACUGCUCCUGGAAGGACCUCAGGGGGAGGUUUGCUCUUACGCCCUCCGCUUUGACUUCCCGGCCACCAACAAUGAAGCCGAGUACGAGGCUCUAAUCGCUGGACUCCAGCUAGCCCGCAAGCUCGGCGCCCAGCAAAUCCAUGUCCGCAGUGACUCCCAGCUCGUGGUACGCCAAGUUAUUGGUGAGUACGAGGCCAAGGAUGAGACCAUGCAACGGUACCUCUCCAAAGUUCACCAACUCACCUCGUACUUCAAGUCAUUCGAAAUCCAAAGGAUCCCUCGGUCCCAGAAUAAGCGAGCCGACGCCUUAUCCCGGCUGGCUUCCACUUCAUUCUCUGACCUCAACAAAACCGUCUUGGUGGAGGUCCUGAGUGAACCAGGGUACGUGGAAGAGGUGGCCUGCCCCGUGCACUCUGAAGAAACUUGGAUGACCCCGUUCAUCCUUUUCUUAGGUCAAGGAGUCCUUCCCGAAGACCGAGCUGAAGCAAGGAAGAUACAACGCAAAGCCCCUCGGUAUGCGCUCCGCGAGGGAGAACUAUAUAAGCGCUCCUACCUCGGCCCAUGGUUGAGGUGUGUCACCCCCGAGGCAGGACGCGAGGUCCUCCACGAGAUCCACGAGGGCCUAUGUGGGGCUCACAUCGGCCACAGGAUGCUGGCUAAGAAGGCUAUGCUCCUGGGAUAUUUUUGGCCCUCACUUCGGCAAGACUCUCAGGACCUCGUUCUCGGCUGCCCUUCCUGCCAAGUCCACGCACCCGAGCACCACCAGCCUUCAAAUUUCAUGGUCCCCAUCACUUCACCCUGGCCGUUUGAGCAAUGGGGGACAGACAUCAUAGGUCCCUUCCCCAAAGCCGUCGGAGGUUAUACUUUCUUAGUAACCGCUGUGGAUUACUUCACCAAGUGGGUCGAGGCCGAGCCACUUCGGACCAUCUCAGGGCUGGCCAUUCAAAAAUUCUUUUGGAAGUGCAUUAUCUGCCGCUUCGGCAUACCUCAGAUCAUCAUUUCGGACAAUGGGAGACAGUUUGCCGAGAACCCAUUCAAGACUUGGUGCGAGAACCUCGGCAUCAAACAACACUUCACUUCGGUAGGCCACCCUCAGGCCAAUGGUCAAGCAGAGAACUUCAACCGAACUCUCCUGCAUGGUCUCAAGACCCGACUACACCAAGCUGGGUCAUCUUGGGUGGAGGAACUCCCCAGUGUCCUGUGGUCGUAUCGAACCACGCCGAGGUCAGCGACGCAAGAGACCCCAUUCUCCCUGACCUACGGCGCCGAGGCGGUCAUCCCGGCUGAGAUCCUUACCCCCAGCCCUCGGCUGGCAGCCUAUGCCGCCGAGGUGAACGACGAAGAGAGGCAGCUGGACCUCGACCUCGUCGAAGAACGAAGGAACCUCGCCUCAGCCCGGAUAGCUUCUUACAAGAACACACUGGCACACUACUACAAUGCCCGCGUAAAACAUCGUAGAUUCCAACCUGGAGACUUGGUUCUGAGAAAAAACUCGAUCAGCCGAGCUGAGCCCCAAGGCAAACUGUGUCCGAAAUGGGAAGGCCCCUACCGGGUUGUCGAGUCUAAUCUUAAGGGAUAUUGUAAGUUAAGCUACCGAGAUGGCUCAUUAGUGCCGAGGUCUUGGCACGCCGAGAACCUCAGAUUGUAUUAUGUUUGA